UUUUCACCUCGCCACCUCCACUAUUUCAUCUGAUCACCAGCUUAGUACUGUAAGCAUCAGUGCCUCGCCCAUUUCUCACUUCCCCCUUCCCUCUCUCUCUUCUGCAUCAUCGAGGAUUCUGGGUUUUGGUCUUUUAUGAAACCCUAAAAUAUCUGUAUAACUUUGUAAGCUCAACGUCUCGAUUCUCACUUUUUCAUGAGCAAAAGAAGUAAUCAUUUUUCUUUUAUUUUGUUACAUAUUUCCAUCGAAGUAAAAUAAUGCAUUCGUUCAGAACCAUAUUUUUUGCUCUGUUUAAGUCGAUAUUGAAGAAGUUUUAGCUAGCUGAGCUCUGGUUAAUAUGGAGGGAGAAUGCAGCAAGAACAAUGUUCCUAUGCAAGUGAAGUCAUCAAACUUUGUUGGGUAUUCUGGCAAUGGUGUUACUCUUGGGCCAACUGAAGAAAAUGAUCGACAGGGGUCUCUUCUCAUGGGAAAUGGUGGAAGGAGUUGGCUGAAGGAGAACGAUGCUUUACGUUUACCUUGGUGGGUUCAAGUUCAACACCCGGAAACAAAUCACAACUAUGUCCAAUUUCUAACUGAAAAAAGCUCUGCGUUUCCUCAAAUGCCUUUUUCUUCUCAAGACAUUUUGGAGAGUCUUUCUUUACCUGAUGGUGAAACAGCCUCUGCAUAUGCUGUUUCCGGGGUCUCUGAUGUCCAAAGAGAUGUGCGGUUUUACAAUCACCUGGGAUUGGCGUCUGGUCCUAAACCAACUGAUAUAGAUGCUUGGAAGAAUCUUACUUCGUCGAACAAAAACUCAGUUGGGAAAGGCUAUAAUUCUCGAGUUGAUAUUCCAAGUGCAACAGUUGCUUCACCUGGCGAUCUGUCCCGAGGCCAGUCCACUAUACAGAGACAAAGAAACACUAAAAAUGAUCGAGCUUUGUCCAAACAGCAACGCAGGAUACGGUAUGCUGAAAGACUCAAUGCUUUACAAGAACUACUUCCCCAGUCUGCAGAGGGUGGUCAAGUAUCUGUAUUUGAUGGCGUGAUCGACUAUAUCAAGUACUUGCAGCUACAAAUAAAGGAUUUGAGUAAAAGCAGAUUGGGAGGUGAAUCACCAACCAAGCCUAUCAUUUUCCGCGAGGGAUAUGGUCACUACUUUUGCGACCAAGAGAAUGAGCCUUUGGAAGAGAUAAUCAUGGCGAAAUGGUUGGAGCUAAACCCUUUAGCUGUGACCAAGUUGCUGGAGAUGAAAGGUCUUCUUCUCAUGCCCAUUGAAUUUACUGAAGCACUUGUCUGACCUGUGCUUCGCUUUUUGUUUGGUUCUCUCUUGGUUUACACCCAAAAUAAUUGCUAAUACUCUUGUAAUGAAACUAAAUGUUGCUAUAUUCUUGUCUAGCUUGCUACCUCUUAUACCGAGAACUUUUUAAGUAAAAUCUCACCUACUUAUCUCUUUCAAUUUUGAGAAUUGUUGGUUGAAUUUAGGCUUUUUAAUAUAUACUCAUCCAACACAUCACCAUAUCGAGCGUUGUUGAGACAGUAAAUCUAUAUAUAGAGAGCGUCUAUAUUAAUUGCCUACUAUAAGCUUAUGCUAUUUCUUAUUUUAGCUGGAAGAUUUUUUAGCAGCAGUAAAACAUUUUUGUGUCAACUAAAUU